CUAUACUUCAGACGAUCGCGAUUCAGUUGAGCACUAGCGUUAGCAGUACUACGUAUACUCUUUAGUCUCUCCUAACGAAUAUACCGAGCCAUCGACAUCAGUAAUAUUGUUCACGGAGGAUUCUCUGCACAAAUAAUCAUGAAGCUAUACAUUAUUAUAACUACUCUAUCAUUUCUAUGCAUUGAAUCAGGAAUACAAUUUGCUGUUGGCUCACCCUUGUCUGAAAAUUAUAUGAAUGGGUUACAUAAAUUUUGUGGCCAAGCAUUAAAAAAAGAAUUAUCCGAGUUAUGCAUGGGUAGAUAUGAUGAUCCCCAAGGUACUACAAAUCAAAGAGGAAAAAGAGCUGUUGCCGAUGAAUGCUGUUCUCGACCCUGUUCAAGAAACUACAUGAAGAUAAAUUUUUGUCAUGAACCCGAAGUAAUGAAAACCGAUUCGGCGGUGUUGAUUCCACUGGAGGAUGUGGAUUACAUAGGAUACUAUUUUGAACUUCUUGGUCGUAUAUUAGCACCAAAGAUGCAGGAAUGAAUAGCAAUAUAUCAACAAAAAAAUAAUUUUUUUAACUUUUAUGUAUUCACAGUAUUAAAAUUUUCAUAUAUACAUUUUUAAAUAACAAUAGAAUGAUUUUUUUAUAAUAAAAUAUGCCUUUCAAAAUAUUAAUAAUGAUUAUUUUAAUAA